GCAGGCAGGAUAGGUUUAUUUUUUCAGUGUUGGAGCGAAACUCUGCAGGACAUCAGCACUCCAGGACUGACAUUGCCUCCCACUGUUUUAUACAUAUAUAAAUAACUACAAGUCAAGCUGCAAUACCAAACAGGACAAGACGGAGAUGCCAACAAACCACUAUACCAGCUGACUUAACCUGACUUUAUAAAGAUAUAUACUAAUUAAUUCAGAAUUAAUAAAUGGAGCAAAACACACACACACACAAAGUAAAUAAAAACAUUCUGAAUUUAUUGAAUGUGGGGAUCUGAAGGCGGCUCGACAUCACCAGUGAACAGUUCAUCUGUUAGACGUCAAGAUGCCAGUGGACAGAAUGAGAAUGCGCCCCUGGUUGGAGCAACAGAUUGAGAGUGGGCAAAUUCAAGGUCUUCACUGGGUCAGUGAGGAGAAAAAGAUAUUUCAGAUACCAUGGAUGCAUGCAGCCAGACAUGGAUGGGAUUUAGAAAAGGAUGCACCUUUAUUUAUGAACUGGGCCAUUCACACAGGAAAGUAUCGCCCAGGUAUUGACAAACCAGACCCUAAGACGUGGAAAGCAAAUUUCCGUUGUGCUAUGAAUUCUCUACCAGACAUUGAGGAAGUGAAAGAUAAAAGCAUGAAGAAAGGAAACAAUGCCUUCAGAAUGUACAGAAUGCUUUCCUUAUAUGAAAAAGCUGUUAAGAAAGGGAAGAAAAAGAUGGACCUCGAGCAAAGAGCAAAAGUAGGAUGCAUGACUAAACGAAAAGCUGGCAUUCCCAGAAAAUAUAAAAUGACAAAAGAAGAAAGUGGAGAGAACUUAAUGGAAGAGACUACACCAGACAGCACUGUGCAAUUUGCUGGCUUAUUCAUCAACACAGAGCAGGAGAGCUCCCCUGUGCCCAUGUCAUCUGAGAGGGAGAUGGCUGUGGCUGAAUUACCUGAUGUGUGUGCAGUUGUUGAGGUGGCAACGGAGAAUGAAGAACCUGCGUUUAGCUCCACUGAUACAUGUCUGCCUCUCCAGGACUCCCAUGUUUCAUCCUACAGUGAGAGUGACACAGAGAGCACAAACAGCGAGGAAGACUUAGCACAGCUUCCCCAGGACUUGUCCUUAAAAGCUUCACAAAGAUCAUCAUGUAAUUCUGUGUUAAGGAUCCCAUCAUCAGGUCAAUCCUCACCAAACACAUUUCUCACAUCAACAAAAAUAAAUUUCAAAGUGACCAGCUGCAGAGAGGACUCGCCCCUAAUUGCUUACAACGCUCCUCCAUGGUUCCCCUGCCUGUUUAAUCUGCAAAAAGUCACAGACGUGCAACCCUCAAGCCCUGCCCCCUCACCAGAUCUCACCAGCAGCCUGGCUUCUCAGACAAGUGUGAUAGCUAAAGCUGUGGACCUCUCUGUUGCAAAACACAAAACACUACAAUGAAGACACUUGAAAUUUACAACCCGCUGCUAUUCAAAUGACACAUCUACACCCAUAAUUCAAAACUAAUCAAGUACUCUCAGGUGUCAGAUUUCCUUCAAAUAUUAUCCCCUGUUCAGCUUUCAAACCAAAUGGAGAGUUCCAAGCUAUCUGAAUCCGUUAUACUAUAAAUCAUUAUAUUUCUGAAAUAUUUUGCAGCACACUACCUCCUUCUCAUAACUGCAUUAAAUAUGUAACUUGUAGAACUACCUCACGGAUGUGACACUUGAUCACAGAAGUUGUCAGUGUAAGCUAGUACUGAUGCAGCAUUGGGAGAAUAAGUUUGUAUUCAUUUUGCAUUGGGAGAAUAAGUUUGUAUUCAUUUUGCAUUGGGAGAAUACGCUUGUAUUCAUUUUGCAUUGGAGUGACAUUUCAUACUUGUUGACAGCAGAUGUAAUAAAACAAUGAAGAACGAAAUAGAACCGUUACUGGGGAGUUUUUAAGGGGAAUUUGUAUGUCUUUCUAUAGCACAAUAUUGAAAUCACAGUUUUUGAAAGAAAUGAUUAAGGUUUCAGUACAUUUAUAUAUGAAAUUGUCAUGUCUGAAUGAAUUGUUUGCAAAUUUGACAUUUGUCACUCCAGAAAAACAGAAUUAUUGAACUGUCUGUUCAGCUCCCCCAUGUUAGUAGGGCUAUACAUACUUGAAUAGAGACGCACUAAUAAGAGUUGUGUAUUAACUUGUCUAACCAUUCUCAUUUGUGUUCUGAAACACUCUUAUUUUAAGGUAAUGAGAUUUUGCUAUUGUUUUUGUAUAAAGUAUUUUUAUACAACAGUCACUAAUUUGCAUAAUGAACAAAUACAGUAUGGAGAUUAAAAAGCAAAUAUAAAAACAGGUUUACUGUAGUGUCAAUGAUUAAAAAGUUACACAAUACAAAAUCUUUUCAACACUCAUUUGUUGUAUAAUGUACAUUAAAACAGUGGUUCAAAGUGUUAGUAGUGGUACUAGUAAAAAAGAUGAAUGUGGAGUAGAAAAGCAAAUCACUUUUGUUGCUGCAACUAACCUUGAUUUUACAAUAGAGGGAUGAGAAGUCAAUGUUUUACAACUCAGACUCUGUAUGCAGUGGCCUAAAUAAAUUGCAUUCUUGGUUUUCACCAA